UUGACGCCAAAGGGGCGUGUGCAGGCAGCAGGAUGGCGGACCCUGCAGGACCGGGUAUGCGUGGGGCGGGGGAGGGCAAGCGUGGCUUCCUGACCAAGCAGGGCGGCGGGAACAAGGCCAAGACGUGGAAGAAGCGGCUGUUUGUGCUGGAGGGCCAUACUUUGUCGUACUACAAGAAUAGCAAAGCGACGGCACCGCUGGGGAUCAUUUCGCUCUCGGGAUGCACUAUCUCGCCGGCGGACUCGAUCAAGAAGAAGAACUGCUUCCAGGUCUACCACCCCAUUCGGCGGACGUUCUACAUUUACGCGGAGAGCCAGGAGGAGAUGCUGGACUGGAUGACGGCCAUCCGGGAACACGUCCCGCGUAGCGAUUCUUCACUGUUGACGUACAAGAUCGUUAUGCUGGGCGCAGGUGGUGUGGGCAAGUCGGCGCUGACGCUGCAGUUUGUCAACAACAUGUUCCUGGCCGACUACGAGCCGACCAUCGAAGACUCGUUCCUGAAGCAGCUGACAGUGGACGGGCAGUCGUGCAGACUAUCGAUCCUCGAUACGGCGGGCCAGGAAGAGUACACCACCAUCACCGACCAGUACAUUGAGGUUGGCGAGGGCUUUGUACUCGUCUUUGACAUCACCUCGGCGGCCUCGUUUGAGGACGUCAAGAAGGUCCACUCCAAGGUUCGCCGGGUCACUGAGGCCAUGGACGACCUGCCGCCGAUGGUGCUUGUGGGCAACAAGGUUGACCUGGUCGACUUGCGCCAGGUGGAGAAGGAGACCGCCGAGUCGCUCGCCGCACAAUUUGGCUGCCCGUACUUUGAGGCGUCAGCCCUUACUCGGGAGAACGUCGAGAACGUCUUCCACGAGAUCACUCGCAUCAUGCGUGCCAACGAUGCCGAAGACGAUGUCAACAUCAAGCGCGACAAGAAAUGCAUCAUCUCAUGACUCUCCACGUGUUCCUCCCGUGCACAAACAAAAAAUCGUGUCCAGGGACCUGAUUCUGCCAAA